UUUUUUUUUUUUUGAGCACAUUCUAACAAAAUUAAUACAGUAUUUGGAGAGAAGUAGAAAAAUAGAACGAAAUAAAUUCAUGUAAGCGUGUUAAUUUCAAUUUUCUUUUUUUUUUUUUUUUGGAGAACGAUAAGAGAUUAAAAUGGUACAGCGAAGCACAAAAUUCACUGGCAUCUGCAUUGCCAUCUACUUGGUAUAUGCGGUAUUUGUGUUCUUCAUAUUGCCGUUGUUGUUGCCUGAUCCAGUGACAAUGUCGCGCAACAUACUCGCCCAGCAGACACGGGGCAUGCAGUAUGGGAAUUUGACGAACAUCACGCUCGAGGCUGGAGGACAGCCGUUGCGUUCGCUGCUGGUCACGUUUCGUGGCUCGGGCGCAAUGGGUCUAUUAGAGUUUCUGUCGCGUCAGCCAGGUGCUUACCAUCAUUUCUCACCAUUGAUCGCGCACAAGGAACGCAUAACGGACUUGCCGGAGGCUUCAUCCGCUCUGGAGGAGCUGCAUUCGUUGUUUAAUUGUGAUUAUAAUCGUUCGCUGGCCAUGAUCAAAUAUGGCAUGCAAACGCCGACAUUUCGCAAUUUCUAUGGUGUACAGUGGAAGACGUGCCUGACCUACACCAUGGAUGUCUGCUCCAAUCCGGAGACUUUGUCGAAAAUUUGCAAAAUAUUUCCAUUUAUCAAUAUGUCCGUAUAUAAUUUGGGUUUGAAAUAUAUCAAAUCUAUGCUUGAGCGAAAGGAUCUCAAUGUACGUAUGCUACUGUUAAUACGAGAUCCGCGCGGAACCAUGGGAUCGCGUUCGAAUCGUAGCUGGUGCACCAAUCCUGCCUGCUCUAAGCCCUAUGAUCUGUGCAGUAAUAUGGUGGAAGAUUAUCAAAUCUCUGAGUUUCUAUUGAAAGAGUAUCCGCAUCGUUUCAGUAUUAUUCGCUACGAGGAACUAGUGCAGCAUCCGUUGGACGGCUUUGUAAAUAUCUUCAGUUUCUAUGGUUUACCAACGAAAAACUUUCAGGACAUGAGUAAAAUAUUAAAUGAAACUGAAAUUCAAGCUAAAUUUCUGGAGCAUUUCGAAAUGCCAUUGGACUGGCAAAAGACAUUGUCGCUCAAUGAGAUUGUGAACAUCCAAAAUAUCUGCCAAAAGGCUAUGAUUCUUUGGGGCUAUAAACCCAUAACAGAUUUUGAUAAAGGCCUAAUGAAUAUCGUUGAACCGUUAAAUAAGUUGCCAUUGUUUUUGAAGUGAGGUCUUUCCAGUGCUUGAAGCGAACUAAUAAUGAAGUAUUUAAAUAUUUGUAUUAAACGCAUUCAAUAUAAUCUACAUGGGUAAAACAUAAAAAAAGAAAAACACAUUGCAUUAUUUGCAGUAUUUUUAUAACAA